UUUGUCAACAACGGGGACGAAGUGGCAGAAUAACAUCGGCCUGUCCGGCAGAGAAACCCCCCCCUCCUCCGUUUUGCAAGUGGAAUUCAUACAUAAAAACAAAAGGACAAAUGAAGUGACCAACAGGAUACAAUGUCAUCGUUCCAGAUGGUGGACUCGUCGCCGGGCAGCAGCGUCAGUGUCAUGGAAACGUCCAACUUUGCCCACGUCAUCUUCCAGAACGUGGGGAAGAGUUUCCUGCCCCAGGCGCCCCUGGAGUGUUGCUACACCCUGACCCCAUACCUCACUCCCAACCCCAAAGACUGGGUGGGCAUCUUCAAGGUGGGUUGGAGCACAGCCAGAGAUUACUACACCUUCCUUUGGUCUCCUAUGCCUGAAAACUACGAACCAGGAAGUACUGUGCACAGGACUGUGGUGUUUCAAGGUUAUUAUGUUCCUAAAUCUGAUGGAGAAUUCUACCAGUUUUGCUAUGUCACGCAUGUUGGUGACAUCAGAGGAGCCAGUACGCCCUUCCAGUUCAGGUCGGCCACACCCACAGACGAGCUUCUGACUGUUACCGAGGACGACAGCAACUCAGACAUACUGGUCGUCACCACCAAGACUGGCCUUCUAGAGCACGUGGAAGAGGCGCAGCAGGAGCGCAGGGAGCUACUGAAGGCCAUGCGCCUCCUCCAGGAGGAGAAACAGCAGCUGCAGGAGGAGCAGAAACGACUGGCCAGGGAGAGGGAACAGGAGAGGGAGACGUGCUGCCUGCUGCGGACACACAACCAGGAACUGCUGCGCUCGUCACAGGGCCUGUCAGAAGAGAGGGAGGAUGUGAGGAGGAGGCUGUCAGAGGCCACGGACCGGGUCCGCCAGCUGGAGGAGGACCUGCUCGGAGUCACCCAGAGAGGCCUGCAGAAGGAGACGGAGCUCGACUGUCUGCGUGACCGCCUGAAGAAGCUGACAGCAGAGAGAGACAUUCUGGAGAGCCAGCUGAAGAACGAGAAGGAUGAGCGAGACCUUUACAAGGCCCACCUGCGCGGCACCGAGCUGGAGAACACUAAGCUGAGCGCAGAGCUGCAGAUGCUGAAGGCGGUGGAGCUGAACCGGGAGGUGACCAUUGCUCAGUUCCAGGAGGAGCUGGACAGGCUCCGGCUCUGCGUGGCCCAGCGGGACAGUUUGGAGAAAGAGCUGCUGGCACACAAGGCUGACAAGGCAGAUCUGGCCCGUUUGCGUGAGCAGCUGCGUCAGGUGGAGGAGCAGCUUCAGGCGUCCCGGCAACAGGCCUCCCUGUUGGCCGCGGAGCUACGCGACUCGGCCAGCGCCCGUGACCACACGAUGACCGAGCUGUACCGCGCCCGCUUGGAAGCCGACAAGCUCCGUGCCAGUCUAGCUGAUGCUCAGGCCGAGUGCCAACGCAUGGAGAGCCAGCUGGACCGCAUGAGGAGCACUGCACAGAAGGAAGUGGGUGUUGGGACCAGUGGGGAGAUGACACCCAGCAUGAUGGUGGUGUCAGAGGCAGAGGCGGAACUGCAGAGAGAGGUGGAGGAGCUGAAGCUGCGUCUUCACAUGGCCGCCGAGCACUACAAGGAGAAGUACCGGGAGUGUCAGCGCCUCCGAAGGCAGGUGGCCAAACUGAACACAACGGAGUCACAGGGAGAGCCAAAGAGAAAUGCAUCCACUGAGACAACACAGGAACCACUGACCCCUAGUCCAGAGUCACCGACAGCAGGAAACAUAGCUGCUGCAGUCCUACAAGAAGCCGCUGAGAUGACAAUCACACCGGAACCCAGAAACAGGGAAUCCACUCAUACUGAUGCAAACAUCAGCAUUGAGAGGGAAGAAAGGCAGAGAGACGAGAUGCAAAAGGAGAGGGCCGAGCUGGAGGCUGAGGUAGAAGCCAACCAAGGGGAGGACGGGGAGGAUGGGGAGGACGGGGAGAAAGAAAAAGAGGAGAAGAAGGACAGUCUGCCGGAGACGAGCCUGAGGAUGACGAGCUGGGUGGAGGUGGAGAACGAGAGGCAGAGCGCCAAAGAGAACGGCGAGGCGGACAUAGGAGGGAAGGCCGAGGAGGCAAGGGAUGUUGCGGAGCACCAGGCGCUGCUGGAGGAGGAGGGGAGGAGCAUGGGUGAGGCAGAGCAGGCACAGACACGCUCGGUGGAGGAGGAGCUGGCGAUGAUGGAGGAGAAGUGGAGGCAGCAGUGUGCGAUCAAUGAGACGCUCAAACAACGGCUGGCCAACGAGGAGGAACGAUUCAGAGUGCACAUGGCAGAGAGAGCCAGCGAGGUGACAGAACUGAAGCGCAACCUCGCCGAGGCCCUCAGAGACAAGGAGCAACUACAAGAGGAGCUGCAGCGCUUCGUGUCCAGGCAGAGAGAGCAGGAGGCUGGAGCUCAGGGUGCUGAGAUCAGGCAGCCGAUGGUGCUGCGCUACCCCCUUCCAUACCCUCAGGACCCCUCUCCUCCACCACUGGUCCCACACAGGCCUGCUGAGCUGCAGUACGGCAACCCCUACUCCACUGACAACCCACGAGACCGGGUGGAUGUCGCUCUUUCUCCUGACCAAAUGUCCCGUCCUCCACCCGAGGCCCCACCCUGCGCCAAUCCCUGUGCACCCCCAAUCACACCACCGAGUCCGGGCCCCGGGGCGCCAGAAUGGGACCGAGAGGUGGUGUGCAUCCAGCCCUCCCGCAGCACGAGCCCCGAGAGCCUGGAGCAUCCGCCGGAGGAGCCACGAAAUGCUGCUGAUGGGGCUCAGCCGUCCUGUGAUCAUCAGUCCAGUAGACGUAGAGAAGCCAGGGGCAGCUUCUGCUUUGACUCCAGUAGUGUUCACAAGCGCUGCCCGUUGUGCGAGGUGAUCUUCCCCCCCCACUUUGAGCAGCGCAGCUUCGAGCAGCACGUGGAAAGCCACUGGAAGGUCUGCCCCGUCUGCUCCGAGCAGUUCCCCCUCAACUGUCAGCAGCAGCUCUUCGAGAGGCACGUCCUCACGCACUUUGACGGCCACGUGCUCAACUUCGAGCAGAUUGAAUGAAGGGGGUGUGAAGGGGGAAAACAAGGAAUUCUGACUGGGUAAAUGUGUGUCGUCAGCUAUUUAGUUCAUUUUGAUUGGGUCAAGGUGUCUUGUUAAUAUACAAUCAUUAGCACUUUUUUGCAAUCUUUAACAAAGGUUAGAAAGAAUGUAGUCCAGGAAACAGAGUUUGUCCCGUGGCGGCUGCUCCACCAAGGUGUUUUAUUAAGUAGGGUUGCUUUCACCUUAAUGCACCAUGGGUAACAGGAUCAUUAACACUUGCGACAAAGGGGCCACGGUCCUUUACUUUUGUAUCAUUUUUAUGCUCAUCUUUCUGCUUCAAGGGACUAAAGCACCAUUGGUAGUGCAUGCAUUUAUUCUGUGUUCAAAACUACAAAAUGACGGCUGAUAAUGCUGAAAGAGUGAAUUGUAGCAGGAGCUUGAACCAGGUCUUUGAAGAAAGAGCAUUUUAGUACGUCGAUUUCCCUGUUCUUUCCCUAUUCUGAAUAUUAUUUAUAAAGUAAGAUUCUCAUGUGAUAAAGCAGCCGAGACAUCUUCAUAUUUUAAUUGUCCACGUUUCUUAGCUUGCAAACACAGGAGGUAUAAGAAAAUGUUUGUAUUUUUAGGUGUAAAUGCAGAAUGGGAUCUGAAUAUGUGAUGUCAUCAGAGUGUGUGUUUUUAAUUAAGGAGUGGAGAUUUUUUUUUUUUUUGACUUGAAUGAGAUGUGAUCUUUGAUUUCUCCCAAAAAAGACGUCAGAUGGUUUCAACAAAAAACAGCACUACGUUUUCAUGUAUCUGCACUAAAUAAGGCUUUAUUCUGAAUGUACUGUACAUAUGAAAAUAAGUAUAAGUUGUGGAGAGACCUGUGAAUUACUGUCGUGACUCUGCCUCCCCUCAUUGUUCAUGUUUUAGUGAGGAAAGAACGACGAACGACGAUGUUUAACUUUGGUCAGUUAGUUAAAAAAACAAAAACUAGGCUGGCCUCUUUGUUUCAUUGGAGAUACCGUCACGUUUAAUGCAAAUGGACUGCAGGACACUAAGUUAUGGACACUUUUGUUAUGUACUUCCACGUUUUAAAGUUAGAACUGUGAAGAAAAAUCCAUCGCUUUGUGUGCAGGUCCAAAUCAUGAGUGAGUGUCAUUUAUAUGUGUGUCUCCACAUCACCGCUUGUCUAUUUACAAAGUGAACCCCUGACAGUGUUGUAUUCAGGCUUUAAAAAUUGCACAUGCCCAGUAAUCACAAGGCAAAUGUGUGUGUAUGUCAUGUGUCCAGCCCUUUUCAUGAGAGAAUGUCAGGAAGGUGGUUUAAGUGUGUACUGCAAAGAUCUUUAUG